AAUUGUCCCGCAAAGCAUUUCUGCCUCGCUUCUGUGGAGGAAGAAAGCUGAGACAACCCAGAACGAUGGCUCUCAAACUCAAUCUUUUCACCUCUCAACCUCCAAAGCUGCCUUCUUUGGCUCUCCAACCAAAGCCCAGCCUCAGAUCUCCCAAGUUCUUCAUGGCCUCCACCCUAAGCUCUGGCUCCAAGGAGGUUGAGAAUCAGAAGAAGCCUUUUAUGCCUCCUCGGGAAGUGCAUGUUCAGGUCACCCACUCCAUGCCACCCCAAAAGAUUGAGAUCUUUAAGUCUUUGGAGGGUUGGGCUGAACAGAACAUUUUGGUUCACCUGAAGCCAGUCGAGAAGUGUUGGCAACCACAGGAUUUUCUGCCGGACCCUGCCUCUGAUGGUUUUCAUGAUCAAGUCAAGGAAUUAAGGCAGAGGGCAGAGGAGAUUCCAGAUGAUUACUUUGUUGUUUUGGUUGGAGAUAUGAUUACAGAAGAAGCCCUUCCAACUUAUCAAACAAUGCUUAAUACCUUAGAUGGAGUUCGGGAUGAAACGGGAGCAAGCCUUUCUUCUUGGGCAGUUUGGACAAGGGCAUGGACUGCUGAAGAGAACAGGCAUGGGGACCUACUUAAUAAGUAUCUCUACCUCACUGGGCGAGUAGACAUGAGGCAAAUAGAGAAGACAAUUCAGUAUUUGAUUGGGUCAGGAAUGGAUCCUCGAACAGAAAAUAGUCCCUACCUUGGUUUCAUCUAUACUUCUUUCCAAGAAAGGGCAACCUUUGUCUCCCAUGGGAACACUGCAAGGCUUGCUAAGGAGCAUGGUGACUUGAAUUUGGCACAAAUAUGUGGCAUAAUCGCCUCAGAUGAGAAGCGCCAUGAAACUGCCUACACCAAGAUAGUAGAAAAGCUAUUUGAGAUUGAUCCCAAUGGAACUGUCAUGGCAUUUGCCGACAUGAUGAGGAAGAAAAUCUCCAUGCCAGCCCACUUGAUGUAUGAUGGCCGUGAUGAUGACCUUUUUGAUCACUUUUCAGCCGUUGCACAGCGGCUAGGGGUCUACACUGCCAAGGACUAUGCCGAUAUAUUGGAGUUUUUGGUUGGCAGAUGGAAAGUGGAGAAGCUGAGUGGACUUUCGGCCGACGGGCGAAAAGCACAGGAUUAUGUUUGUGGGUUACCUCCAAGAAUUAGAAGGCUAGAGGAAAGAGCUCAAGGAAGGGCCAAGGAAGGACCCAUUAUUCCAUUCAGUUGGAUUUUUGAUAGAAAAGUGAAUCUCUAAGUGUAGUAUGGAACAAAAAAGGUCUACUCUCCUGCAAAAGUCUCUUCUCUGAAUCAUAAAAUAAGGUAGAAGUUUAAUUUUCUGAGUUGCGUUUUUGUUUCCAAUUCCUUUAUAUUGUUCCAUAAGUAUGCAAAGAAUUUGUCGGGGAGUGACUUUGGCUGUAGAUACAGUUUCUUCUUGUGUGGUGUCGUUAGAUAUGCUGAUAAAGUGAUAGGAGCAGCUGAAGUUUUGAUGUUGUGUUGUUUUUUACUUUCUAGUGUUGGUAUCUUGUUCUCGAGACUCUGUUCCUCUGUAGUUUGUCCCUGUCUUUAUGGAAAUUUUAGUAACGAUGGCAA